AUUUUUCCAUUUAAAUUAGAUAGCAUACGUAAUUGUUUAUUGCAUUUUAUGCGCAUAAAAUCUUCAGAUGGUUAUAUUUUUGGCGUUAUUUAUCUUGAUAAUUUCUAAUUAUGAAUAUUAAUAAUUAGAAGAAAAAUUUAUAAUUAAAAAUUUAUUUCACCAUGAAAUAUUAUUGUUUCUUUCGUUUUCUUGUGUUAAGAAUUAUCUAAAGAUUAUAAUUAUUAUCUUUCAGUAUUUUUAUUUUUAUCAGUAACGACGAUAACUUUUGAACUUUGUUAGAUAAGAUAUAUAAAAAAUAUAUUUUCUAAUAUUUUUAUUAUUAACGACUGAUAAUAUAAUAAAUGAAUUCUCAAAUAUUUACUUUACUGCAGAAAAUUUCAAAGAACAUGCACAUUAGACACUGUGCUUGUAUUAAGGAAAAUUAUAAAGAUGCUAUCAAAAAGUUAAAUGAUCUUCAAAGUAAUUCCAAUUAUCUCGAAAUUGUUGCAAAUAAUUCAAAAAUGAAUUUUGCCAAAUUGGAAGAUACAGAGAAAUAUUUAAUUAGGUCUGGUAUUAAUUUGGACCAAUUGAAUAAUCUUUCUAUUAUACAUGUAGCUGGUACUAAAGGAAAAGGUUCUGUUUGUGCUUUUGUAGAAGCAAUAUUGCGAAUACAUGGAUUUAGAACAGGUUUUUUUAGUUCACCUCAUUUAAUUACUGUUAGAGAACGAUUAAGGAUAAAUGGCUCUCCAAUAAAUGAAACAGAUUUUGCUUAUUAUUUUUGGAAAGUAUAUAAUAAAUUAGAUAAUGCAAAGGAAUUUGAGUCAGACAUACCAAUGUAUUUUAAAUUUCUUACUGUUUUAAUGUUCAACGUAUUUUUAUAUGAAAAUAUUGACGUAGCGAUUAUAGAAGUUGGAAUUGGUGGUGAAUAUGAUUGUACUAAUAUUGUAAAAAAUCCUGUAUGUGUAGGUAUAACAAGUUUAGGAUUAGAUCAUACUUCUUUGCUAGGAAAUACGAUAGAAGAAAUAGCAUAUCAAAAAUCUGGGAUUUUCAAGCCAAAUACAAUUGCAUUUACUGUCCCUCAAAAAAAGGAAGCUUUAGAAAUUUUAAAAGAAAGAGCAAUUGAGAGGCAAUGCACAUUACACGUUGUACCAUCAUUUCAGUAUUAUGAAUGGGAAAAUGAUCAGUUAAAUAAUAAAAUGUUAUAUAGUCAAAUUCAACAGCAAAAUGCAUCUUUAGCUAUACAAUUGGCAGUUUUUUGGAUGCAAUCCCAAAUUAAUCCAAACUAUUUUUUGACAAUUAAUAAUAAUAUAUGUAAUAAGAAAUAUUAUAACUUUCAAGAAAAUAAUAUAGAUGGGAGUAUUAAAAACAUCAAUGAUGAAAAAGAAGAAAUGAUAAAUAAAAAAACCAAUGCAAAAUAUAUAUCAUUUAAAAAGAUUGCAACUGCAUUAUCUAUGUGCAUAUGGCCAGGUCGACAACAGAUUUUAAGAGGUACUUUAUUUGAUUUUUAUUUAGAUGGUGCUCAUACUUUAGAAAGUAUGAAUUGUUGUAUUUCUUGGUUUAAUAAUCAAAUAGAAAACAAUAAUGGUAAACGAUAUUUGAUUUUUAACAUGACUGGAAAGCGCGAUGUAUCUUUAUUCAUGAAUCGUUUGAAAACUAUAAAAUUUCAUAAAAUUUAUUUCGUACCUAAUGUUGCUGGGAUACCAGAUAUAGAUAAUUUGACAACUGCUGAAGUGAUAGAUGAACAAAAGAUAAAAUGUCAAAAGCAUUGUGAAAUGUGGGGAGAGCAGUCUCCGCAUGUUGUAAAAAUUGUUGCAAACAAUGUAAUGGAAGUUUUAAAUGAUAUUAGGAUGGAACAUAUACAUAAUGACGAAACUAUUAUUUGGAAAGAUAAAACUCAAGUACUUAUAACUGGAUCUUUGCAUCUAGUAGGUGCAACUCUUGCAAUUUUAGAUCCUAAUUUUACAAUGACUACCAAAUUUUAAAAUUUUAAUACACACACCAUACACACACACACACACACACGCGCGCGCGCAUACAUACACACACAAUAUCAUUUUCAUGUUAAAACAACUUUAAUGACAAAUCACUAACUGUGAAUGAUUCACGCGAGAAUUACGAUUAAAAAAGUAUACGAAAAGGUCGAUGAUUCAUUGGUACAUGUAUGUAUGUAUAUAUAGAUAUGAAAUGAUCACGUAGCCUUCGAGAUAACGAGUGUACGACCCCAUCUCAGGAAAAAUGAUUUCGAGUAGCGAUGGAGUUUGACGAGGGUACUCCAUACUUCGAGGACAGGGUUGUUUCGUUUAUUUGUAUCAGGGUGUAUAAUACGUAUUUUGAGAAUGAAUAUAAAUAGUUUAAUUAAUUAAUCCUUUACGAUAUAAUCCAAUCAAGUUGAGAGAUGUCAAAUCACAAAUUAUGUCCAAAAAACGUACAUUUUC